AGAUAAAAUCUCAAAUUUCAUCUAAAGAAGUUUAAAAAAAUCUAAGACGGAAAUUACAUAUUUGUUUGUUACAAGUACAGACUAGUUCACGUUAUCAGAUUUGUACUCAUAAAGUGUGAGAGAGGUUGCGCGCAAAAUUUUUUCAUUUUCAAAAUCGUAAUUAUUUUCCUGUCAUAUCGAAUAAGUCAAAUCAAAAUAUUUAUUAAAAAAUUAUUAAAUACAAAUUAUUUUAAAAUGAAGAAAAAAAUUUUAUUAAUAAUAUUUAUAAUUGAAAUUUUCAUUAUUGGAAUUGCAACAAAAGAAAAAUAUCCAAAAUAUUUGGUAAUUUAUCGUAAUAACACAUUCAAAGUUAGCAAUAAACCUUAUUUAUUAGAAUCAAAUAAUAAAAAUGAAUAUCCAGACAAAUGCUUUAUAAAUUUUUAUAAAAAAGUAUGGGAUAUUGGUACAAUUUAUAAUCCACCAGAUGAAUGUAAAAGGAUGACAUGUACGGAAAAUGGACGAAUUCAAGUUGAACAUUGUGGUGCUGUUACUGCUGAUGGUAUUAUAUGCCGUACACAUCGUGAAGGUGAUGGUCCAUAUCCAGCUUGCUGUUGGAUAUUUAAAUGUAAAGCACGUGAUAAUAAAGAAUUCUUAUAUAAUCCUUUAACACCAUAUGAAGGUGAUCUUGAAGAAGAAUAAAAAUUUCGCAAUACAUAUGCAUAUUAUGUAGACAAUUGAAAAAUUCAAAUUAAAGUACCUAUAGUUUUAUUUUUAAUAUAAUUUCAAAUUUAUAAACUAUUUAUUUAUUGAAAAAAUAUUAUUUAUUUGAAUUUAUGUAAAAGUAUAUAGAUUAUGAAAUUUACAAUAUUACCUAUCAUAUUAUUUUAUGUGUUUGAUUAAAUAUAAGAGAAUGAGCUGUGGUAAAAAUAUUUCAGAUAAUUACAAAAUGAAUUGCAUAUAAGUAUGGUUUAGAUUAGUUUAAGCUGACCAAUAAUUUUUCAAUAUAAAAUAUAGAAGCUGAAGAAAUUGAAGAGUGUAUAGAUAUAAAUUGUCGAAUGAUUAAAAAAAUAUGUAUUUGUUGUUCUAAUUAAAUUUUACAAAU